AUGCGUAACCACCAAGGUGCUUGCACCCACGACCCCGGCCACUUGUCUUCCGGCAUCGGCAGUAAUGAGGCUGGGGCAUGGGAAUCUCAAUCCUACUACGGAGGCCCCCAGCCCCAAUCCCUCGGCUACAUUCCUGGCUACCUGGAUGCUCAACCACCACCUCUGCAGGUGUAUGAGGGAGAUUCGAGCACCAGUAGCAUGCCCUCAUCCAUUUCUUUGGCUAUUGUAUUCGAUUCAACAGGAUCUAUGGGUGAUGACUUAAAACAAGUCAAGUUGGGCUCCCGAAGGAUCCUUCAAAGGCAUCUUGAAAAAGGAAGAGAGACCUUAAUUAAGGACUUCGUCUUAGUUAAAGUGCAUGAUCCUGAUGUUGGACCGGCGCGAGUGACAACAUCAACUAAGACGUUCUACCAGUAUCUGGAAAGCGUCUACACACAGGGUGGUGGCGACUGUCCGGAAAUGACCGUCACAGGUAUUGAGAUGGCACUCGAGGCAGCCCAGCCAAACUCCCUCAUCUACGUCUUUACCGAUAGCAGUGCCAAGGACUACGAUCGCCUCCCGCGAGUUUUGAACCUCAUUCAGAAAAAACAGAGUCAGGCAAGCAACCUUGCAGAGCUUUUAGAUAAUGCUUCUGGUAGUCUCCUUCAUCUUGAAGCAUUAAUAGAUAUGCAGAAAUUCCUCGAUAUAUUAGAAAAGUGGAACAGUCAUGAUCGUUUUAGUGAUCUUUGGAAAUUAGAUCAAAUAAAUCACUUGAAUGAGGCGGUAAGGGCCUCUCAUACCGUGGUUGUCUUUGUUUUGACGGGAUUUUGCAACUCCACUGACGAGCCUGGCUUCCAAGCCUACCAAGAAAUUGCGACCGUUAGUUCUGGUCAAGUUUACAUAAUCGGAAAGCGCCAGGUCAACGAGUUCAUGCGGGUCAUUGAGGCAGCUGUGGAGUCGCAGAAGGUUCAAGUUCUCCAGCAAGACACUUGGGAGACGACAGCCAAGACCUACAGUUUCCCUGUCGACACUCAUCUCUCUCAACUCACCAUUCAGGUGACCAACUACAAAACCAACGACUCAAUCAAAGUGGGGAUUCGAGAUCCCGAAGGUAAGCUGAUAACGAAAGAGGAUGGGCUGCGGCAGUUGAUGAAGACGGUGCCCAAUGUGUUCGUGGCCUCCAUUGACCAUCCCACUCCGGGCACAUGGACACUGGAAGUGAGCGCGGAGGUGAGUGGCCAGCCAAGCAUUUCGGGUGAUGAGAGCCUUGGCGGUCAGUGGCAUUCCGUUCGCGUGUCUGGAAUCAGCGAGGUUGACUUCGUGCCCGGUUUUGCUGCCAAUCAAUUACCACACAACCGCGGAGCCUCACGCCAGCCCAUAGCUGGCAUAAAGAAUUACGUAAUGACCAACAUAACGGGACGUCUGAUGACCGGAAGUGUGGAUGCGAUCACCCUGCGCGCACCGAAUGGCACGGCUCUAGUGCGCUUGCCUGUGGAGCGAACACCGGGCAGUCAAGUUUAUGUGAGCCAGCACGCCAUGGACCCCAUACCUGGUCACUACUACCUUCAAGUGACAGGUCGCGAUAGUCAAGGCUACACCUUCCAACGCUACUCGAAGGUGGCUUUGCUUGCACGAGCCGCCCGUCCCUCGGUGGUUACAUGUCCUGCGAAGUUGGAGGUAGCUCGAGGCACCACUGCCCACCUCACCUGCCUCGUUGACAGCGAGGUCCCCUUCAGUGUCGAGUGGUACCAAAACAAUCGCCCUCUCACUGGCUUCCCUGGCGAGCAUCAAAUUUUUAGUGUGCCGACUAAUGUGACCUACACACUUCACGACGUGAACGAGGAAUCACAGGGCAUCUACGCGGUUGAGAUGGUUCCCGCAGGAACUGGAGCAGAAACGGAACCAGAGGGACAGAGAAGAGACGAGGUCGCUGUUGUAAUACUUCCCCCUCCACCCACCGUGCUAAUUCCAAGGAAUGCAAGCGUCGAGCCCAAUGGAUUGGCUCGUCUGAUGUGUACAGUCUUCUCGCAAGCGGACAAGGUGGACAUCAACUGGUAUCGUGGCGACAGUGUGCGCUUCAAGGUGAAGGACGGUCGCAGACAUUCAAUUCGUAUGUCUGGCGGUGGUGAGACAUCACCAGCCGGCCAGACGUUCACCAGCACCCUGCAAAUCUCAAACGUCCAAGACAGUGAUAUCGGCCAAUACAUCUGCGAGGCGGAGCAUAAAGGCGGUGUCAGUUCGGCCGUUGGUUUCGUCGUCAUUCACGUUCGACCCAGCGUUAUAGCAGAGAGCAGCCAAGUAGACUUUAAGGACGGAGGUCGAUUGGUUCUGUCCUGUCGUGCUGAGGGUCAUCCACCCCCUGAGAUCUCUUGGAGCUUCAACGACGUGCCCAUUCCAAGAGGCGAGAAUAUGCAAAUUGGAUCAUCACGCAUAACAAUAUUGGAUGAGUAUAUGGAAUCGCGGCUGAUUAUAUCACCGGCAGAUGCAUCAGAUGCAGGACGCUACUCCUGUUUUGCAGUGAACUCGGCUGGUGAGGCCCAAGCAGAUAUCAUUGCCUCAUUCAUUGCUCGACCAGAAAUUGCUCGUAUCGACAUGGUUCGGGAAAUGCCACAAGAGGGUGAAAGGCAGACCUUGCGAUGCCUGGCCAGUGGACAGCCCCCACCUCUCAUCAAAUGGGAAUUCAACGGAAGUCCAGUCGGGGAAAGUGCAAACAUUCGCUUAAAUCAAACGACUGGAGAGCUGGAAAUAUUGCAUUUAAAGCGCCAUAUGAGUGGCAAGUGGACUUGUGUGGCUGAAAAUGUCGCUGGAAGCACUCGAACUUCUGUUUCGAUGGAAAUUGGCCACAAACCAAAGAUGGACACCGGUGCCAUGCAGGAACGCGUUUUCGGAGACUUUGCUUCUGAUCUGGUGAUCCCCUGCAUUGUGGACGGAAAUCCUCCACCGCAAAUCAAGUGGUUCAAGAUGGUUGGAGAAAAUCAGGUUCCUGUAACCUAUGGUGGACGAUACACCCUUGCUGCAGACAACUCGCUGCACAUUACUGAUCUUAACCUGGAGGAUGGUACUACAUUUGUGUGCGAGGCAUCCAACACCUACGGCCGCGACCAGUAUCAUGUAUCAGUCGAACUUGGUGGCAUUCGUGCACCAACUAUCUCAUACACAGAACCUCGACAGGUUGUCCUGGAAGGCAGUCCAGAGAUGAUCCUCAACUGUCCCGUUCUUGAUGCGAAGCCAGCGGCUCAGGUUACAUGGCUCAAAAACAGUGUUGAGAUUAAUCUUGCCGACCCGCGUUACACCCUUCUCGAUACUAGUCUCGUCAUUAGGGGAAUCGAAAUGGAGGACGAAGGAGUUUACACUUGUGUAGCCCACAACGUCGUUGGUAGAUCGAAAAUCGACAUUGAGUUGGACGUACAAACAAAGCCUCGCUUCAGCGAUGACUCGCGCCUCACGACGGUGGAGAUCACACAGGGUAAGGUAAUGGAGCUACACUGUGAGGUAGAAGGCGAUCCGAAACCAGAGGUGGAGUGGCGCAAGGAUGGACGCCUUGUGACACCCAAGCGCGACUCUUCUAGUGGCGCUGGUGGUUACGUCCUUUCUCCCGAUGGCUACGUCCUCACCGUUUAUUCUGUGACCGAUGCCACUAGUGGUAUUUUCACCUGCUCUGCCAUCAACACCCAUGGCGCUGUCUCAAAGGAAUUUCAAGUCACCGUUAGAACGCCUCCCAGCAUCUCGAAGGAGGGUAUAGGUGAGGUGGAAAUCGCACAGAACGAGAUGACACUGCUGACCUGCAUGAUAAGCUACGGUCAUCCUCAGCCAACCAUCCAGUGGUACAAGAAUGGUCAACCACUGGUUGAGAUUCCUGGUCGCGUCCAUAUUGUUGACAAUGGACAAAGUGUCGAAAUCCGGGGUGAGAGGGAAGAGGAAUCGGGUUCGUACGAAUGCAGGGCCGAAAACGAAGUUGGCUCGGACUCCCGGUUUUAUCAAGUCACUGUCCUAGUACCACCAACGUACACUUCAACGCACGUCCAACGUCGUCUCUUGGUGCGCACGGGAGAGCGCGUUGACUUGGUGUGCGGAAUGGCCGGCUUUCCUGAACCCGAGAUCUCCUGGUCCUGGAAUGGCCGUCCACUGGAGGUUGAUAAACUUGAUGACCUUGGAGUGGCUAUUAGACCACCGCGAGAUGGCACAUCACAACUCACAAUUAUGUACAUGAACGGAGACCUGCAGGGAAAUUACACUUGCGUCGGUCGAAAUCGCGGAGGCACGACUUCUAUGGACUACGAAGUCAUUCUUUUGACUGAGCCAAAGAUAGUGGACUUUGGAGAGAGAGCUGUUGUCUUCUUGAACAAUACCAUAACACUUACUUGUGGAGCCUCGGGAACACCGAAACCAAACAUUUCCUGGUGGUUUGAGGGGUCAAAGAUAAUCCCCUCUGUGACACCCGGUUAUAGAAUUGUUGGUGACGGGAAUCUGAUGAUUUACAAUGCCCAACGCCAUCACGGAGGAGAUUACACCUGCAUUGCCGAAAACGAGGCAGGACAAGAUUCCAAAGUUGCCACAAUUACCGUUUUUGAGCCUUCCGGAGAACCACCAAUAUCGCAGAAUAUCACAACAAUUACAAUGGGAGGAAACAUUACAUUCACCUGCAAGCUCACUUCGAAUCCUCCUCCCAAAAUCAAAUGGUAUAAGGAUGGCGUCGACAUCUUCUCUAUCAUGCCUCAAGAUCGGUUCUCAGUUUCUGCUGACGAGUCAACUUUGACCAUUUUUGACGUGCAGCCGGAGGAUCAGGGCCAAUAUAAAUGUGAAGCUGAAAAUAUUCCUGGAAAUUGGGAUCUCUCUUACUACCUUGAAGUCACUUCAUCUCCGGGCAUCCUGGUAGGAUCGUCUUCACGACUGAAGGAGAAGGUACGCCAGGGUCAGGAUUUGCAUCUAAGGUGCAUAGCUAUUGGCCACCCGGAGCCGACCUAUCAGUGGCUGAAGGAUGAUACCCCCAUCGCCUCCACCAGCAUUCCGAUGGGGGCUGGCCAGUCGGACAAGUCAGUAGAGAUCUCGACUGUGAGCAAACGCUACGCCCUUCAUGACCAGGGUCGCGAACUUGUGGUGUUCGGCGUCAAGCCCGAAGACGCCGGCUCCUACACUUGCAUCGCUACAAACAUCGUUGGACGUGAUCGGCACACCAUGCAGGUCUCCGUCAUUGCCAAACCCUUCUUCACGGAUGGCUUGGAUCAUGAGACUCCAGAGGUGAUUCGUGGAGAAUCAGCUCUUCUCUGGUGCAACGCUUCUGGAUUUCCACCACCCAAGAUAAGAUGGUUCACGCACGAGGGUGAGGUUGACCUGCGAAAUGAAAACCUUCACAUAGAAAGCGAGGGACGCGCACUUUUCAUUGCUAACGUGACACAGGCCAGCGCCUCUCGUUACACUUGCACCGCCACUAACGACGCUGGAGAGGCCAGACGUAUCAUCGAUCCCGUCAUUGUUUACGCUCCUGUGAUCAUUAGCCAUGUUGGCGAAAAUCCGCGACCGGUGGUCCAAAAUGGGGAAACGCAACUUUCCUGCGACUGGGAUGCCUACCCAGAUGCUAAGGUUGAGUGGUUCAAAGGCGGUGAACCGAUCAACAACUACGAUUUUCCUAGGGCCAACUUUUCCAUUCGAAACACUAUGCUCUAUUUGCACAACGUGAAGCCGGAGGAUGCGGGCAUAUAUCGUUGUGUGGUCUCCAACAGAUUUGGUAGCACGAAACGCCAAUGGAAUGUCCUUGUCAUGAUUGCUUUCCUUUCCGUGGAGUUGCAACAGGUGUGUAACAUUCGAACGCAAAGACAUCCAUCUUACGUGCAACUUCAGAAUAGUCUUGGAACCGAAUAUUUUGAGCUGAAAGGCAACGUCUCUUGCACAGGUCCACCCAAAUUCCUAUUCACAAGCGAGGGAGGAACACAGGGCGUGUCUCUGGGCAGCAGUGUGGCACUCUUCUGUGUGGUUGAGGGUGAACCAAAGCCAGUAAUUAGAUGGACUAAAGAUGGCGUUCCCAUUACCGAGGCCCAGAGCCGUUUCCAAAUCUCUGAUGAUGGCGUCCACCUUCGCCUACCUGCAGCGGAGGAAAAUGAUGCGGGUCGCUACGCCUGCAUCGCCUCCAGCCCCUACGGAGAAAUCAGCAAGCAUUUUGACAUUAAGGUUAUUUACGCUCCACGUCUGGAUGGCGAUGGACAAAGACAAUAUAGCAUCGAGCGUACUGUGGGAAGUAGAGUAACCCUCGAGUGCCUCGUCAUAGGCAAUCCAACACCGUCAAUUGAGUGGUACAAAGAUGGCGCCAAACUGGAUCCACUUCCUUUCCGCUAUCGUCUCGUCAAUCAGAAGCGCGAACUAGAGAUUGUGUCCAUUCAGCCGGUGGAUGCCGGACGUUUCCGAUGUGUAGCUUCAAACGAGGCUGGUUCUCUAGAAGUUAGCGUCGACCUAACAGUUGGAGCACCGCCCAGGAUUGACAGAGGUCGCUUGCGAAGCGAAUACGUGGUGAAGGAGGGUGACGAGUUGGUACUGCCUUGCCCCGCUACAGGUUCGCCUGACCCUCGUCUCACCUUCACCCGCAGUGAGCUUGAUCCCGCAACUCAGAUGGUGGUCGAACGCCCUUUGGGCGAACAGGGGACUGUCUCCGACAAGGAUUCGCUAGUCAGGCGUGCUGUUUUAUCACAGGAACGUCAAGCCUUGACAAUUUUCCGUGUCCAAAAGAGUGACGCAGGUACCUACCAAUGCAAUGCAAGUAACGUGAUCGGAUGGGACACGAUGAAAUACACAGUCCGUGUUCGAGUACCACCGAGCUUCGACACGUCAAACAUGCAGCCAGAAGUGCAGUGGUUCGUCAAUCAGACGCGCUUUCUCGACUGUCCACUGCAUGGGUUCGCCGAUCCUCCACCAAUGCUAACGUGGGAGCGUCAUGGAAUAUCGGUAGUCAGCGGACCAGCCGUUCAGAUCUCAGCCGACGGCUCCCGACUUACUGUGCCCCGUGUCAGCCUCUCUGAUGCCGGCGAAUACAAAUGUGUCGCCUCUAACGAGGUUGGGCAUACCUCUCAGACCUUCCAUGUCCUAGUUCAUGUUCGUCCUCGAUUCAUUGACCCGAUGAGAAGGAUCAACAUCGAAGCCAUUCAGAACCAGACGGUACAUAUGUCUUGCGAGGCUACAGGGGAUCCACCGCCGCGAGUCACCUGGUUCAAACGCGAUGUGGAGCUUUUCCCACCCGGUUCUUUCCUUACCAGUGGCUCAGUUCAGGAGUCGCACAAGACCGUAAUGCCCCUUCAGGGUGACCAGAUCCUCCAAAUCACCAAUGUUCAGAAGAGUGAUGCUGGCGAUUACGCCUGCAUGGCCUCUAACGGUGGUGAAGCUAUCGAAAAGAAAUUCAAUCUCACCGUUAUCAUGCCACCGGCUAUUCUAAAGCCACAAAGUCCUCCCGAGGUUCACUCGACACGCGAGUACGUGCCGGUGACGUUCCACUGCCUCAUUCGCGACUUCAAUAGCACACAACCAGAGAUUGUGUGGACAAAAGACGGGUCGCCGAUCCUCAUGUCAGAGGAUGGGGACUAUUUCGUGGUGCAGGACAGCGGGCAGGUACUCACUGUAGUCCGGCCUACCUCCAGUGAGAGUGGCAUUUAUCGUUGUGAGGCCAAGAAUCAGGCUGGCGUUGAUAGUUAUCAGUUUAAACUCACUGUCACUGCGGCUCCUCGUUUUCCACCGGACUUUGUGCGCUAUCGAGAGAAGUUGACGCAACAGAUAGGCUCGCAAGUUCGUCUCACUUGUCCUGUGACGGGUUCGCCACCACCAGUGGUGACAUGGUAUUACAAUGGCUCUCCUCUGCUACCGUACACAGUGCCUUCACAUUAUACCUUCGAUAUGGACAGUCGAGUGUUGAAUUUCAUUUCGGGACAGAAAGACUCGGGCGAGUACCGCUGUAUUGCACACAACGAGGCGGGAAAUAUUUCCAAGACCUAUGAACUGGAAAUCAUCAUGCCUCCUCUGGUACGUCUGGAUCGGGCAGAGAUGCGUGAGAGGGAGGGAUCGACGUUCACAGUGCAAUGUAUUGCCGAAGGCCAUCCACCGCCCAAAAUUGAGUGGACUCGCAGCACUGGUGGCCUUUUCAGAAUUGGUACAAAUGUUGACCUUGCCACUGGUAUAUUGACAAUUACGGACGCUCGAAAGGAGGACACGGGAGUGUAUACGUGCACAGCCACAAACAAGAUCAGCAGUGACUCAAAGACUGUUGAUAUUCAAGUAAUAGAGCGUCCUGUUAUUCAAACUACAACUGCACCAGUUGUUGUAAACGAGGGUGAUCAGGUGGUUCUGCCCUGCACCGUCACUGGAACCCCACCAAUUCAAGUGCAAUGGCGACUACCUUCUGGUCAACAGAUUACGCAGGAUGAGGUUCUUGGGUUCCAGGUUCUUCCACAACAGGGUCUCUUGAUCGAAAGUGCUACACGGUCUCAUGCAGGCCUCUACAGAUGUUCAGCUAGCAACGAAGCUGGAAGCCAAAACGCUGUAAUCAGUCUUGAGGUCUUAGUGCCUCCAAAACUCGUACGUCCUGCAACCACUGAGGCCUCGGGCAAAAUGAACUCAGUGCUUCAGCUUAACUGUGAAGUUGAGGAGGGAAUUCCAAAACCCAUUGUCAUUUGGGAACGCAACGGGGUCUCCUUCAGUCGUACUAAGAGCUUCUACACCACCACAGACUCUGGACUUUUUAUUUUCAACGCGCUUAAACCUCAAGAUGAAGGAGAGUGGAUUUGUGUAGCCAGAAAUCCUGCUGGUGAGGAUAGGCUUGCGUUCAAUGUUAUUGUUAGCACCCCGCCACGCGUCUCAAUGCCCUUGUCAAGCGUCGGAUAUGAAGGUCAGUCAGUCACCCUCGAUUGCCAAGUUGAGGGUAAACCAAUGCCAGAAGUGGUUUGGGAGUUCAAGAAUGAACCUGUAGCUGUCAGUCUUGGCUCAAGAGCUAGACUCGACUCUCCCACUCGCCUUACCAUCCACAAUCUUCAGCCUGCAGAUGCUGGAAAUUACUUCUGCAUUGCAGACUUACCUGGCCAGGAUCGAGUUAUGGACUCCACCUACUUGACCGUGUUUACUGUCCCAACUUUCGUAAGCACACCGAAUCGCAGCAUAGAAGCCUUUGAAGACCGAUGGAUUCAGUUCCGUUGCACUGCUGAUGGGCAUCCUAAGCCUGAGAUUAAAUGGACCUUCAAGGGUAACAUGAUUGGGAGCAAUCCCAGUCACAAUGGCAUCGGAUCGCUUAUCAUCGGUCCUCUGAGAGAAUCGCAUUCGGGUCAGUACGCUUGUAUCGCUACUAAUGACGCGGGGAAGAAGGAGCACACUUUCCAAUUUACUGUCAAAACCCGACCAAAAGUCCACAUGUACCAGUCAGACGAAGCCAUAAAAACCAAUGAGAUGGCACGACUCUACUGCAAUGUAAGCGGUGAUGCCGAUUCAAUUGUAUGGCUGAAAGAUGGUAUUCCAAUCGAGAGUGAUCAGCGUGUCAACAUUGAAAACGAUGGUUCUAGUCUCGUCAUAAGUAUGGCGCGGUCGGCAGACAAUGGUGUGUACCAGUGCAUAGCGGCCAAUCCGGUGGGUGAAGAUCUGGGCGAACUGAGACUUGUAGUCGAAAGCAAACCACAGUUGGUUAAGACACCUGCCAACUCCACGGCCUCGCUGGGCGAAAUCGUCACUCUGGAGUGCCAAGGCGAAGGUCAUCCAACACCAAUCAUCUCAUGGUAUCACAACAACGCAACUGUGCGUAUGAGUUCUACACACUCAAUCAUUCGCAAUGGCUCACUCCGAAUCGUUGGCGUGAGCGAGAAGGAUGAGGGCGUCUACCAUUGCGUGGCGUCUUCGUACCAAGGUGAGGUAAUCUCUGAUCCUGCCACCCUCCAAGUUCAAAUUCCAGGUGGAUGGUCCGAAUGGAUGCCAUGGCAGCCGUGCAGUACCACCUGCGGUCGUGGAGUUCAAAUGCGAAGGAGGUUGUGCGAAUCACCGGCUCCAAGAAAUGGCGGUGCCUACUGUGUGGGUGAGAACACUGAGACGCGGGCAUGCUUGCAGGCUUUUUGUCCGGUAGACGGAGUGUGGGGUAGUUGGAGUCCCUGGAGUGCUUGCUCCUCCACAUGCGGCGUCGGUCUUCGUCACCGCAGCCGCAAAUGCGACUCUCCGCCUCCUGGCAACGGCGGCAAGCCUUGCCCUGGUGAGGCGAUGGAGGAUGUGCUCUGUGAAGGUCUGCCCUUGUGCCCGGUUAAUGGAGGCUGGUCCUCGUGGGGUCCCUGGUCCAGCUGUUCACGGACCUGUGGUGCCGGUAGCACCCAACAUCGUGAGCGCAAAUGUGACAUGCCCCCACCAGCCAAUGGUGGCCGCCCUUGCGUUGGACCUGAGAGCCAGGUACGAGCCUGUGAGAGAAAGUCCUGCCCUAUUAACGGUAACUGGGGUCAGUGGAGUGCCUGGUCGCACUGCUCCAAGAGCUGUGGAGGUGGGAUUCGACGGAGAACACGCCAAUGCAACAAUCCCCCACCACAAUUUGGAGGAGAACCCUGUCAACCCGAGGGUGGUGAUAGCGAAACUACCGAAUGUCAAGAGAAUCCCUGCCCAGUCAACGGAGAAUGGUCCAAUUGGUCUUCAUGGUCGGCUUGUGUUGGACGAUGUGGCGUAGGCAUACAGUCACGUACUCGCACCUGCACUGAGCCAGCACCGUCCUACGGAGGACACCUGUGCCGCGGAAGCGCCAAGGAUAGCCGAACAUGCUCCUUACCUUUUGUGGAUGAAGGUGAACCGUGUCCCAGCACCACGGGUGGCGGCAGUGGUGCUGGUGCCAACUGGUCCUCGUGGUCUGCCUGGUCUGAGUGCGUGCCUGACUGCUCCUCCACUGAGGGUGAAACGGGCGAAAGUGGUCGACGCCGCCGCACACGUAACUGUAUUAUCUUGCGAGAUGGGAAAUAUGUCGCCGCACAGUCGAUUCGUGAAUGCGAAGGGCAUGCCGAGGAGGUGGAAAAAUGCUAUCCACCUGCGAGCAGCACAUUAGAUUGUGUUGAUAAGAAUCGACCAUUGUUUGGCAAUGUAAUUGGUGAACUUCGCGGACGUUUGGGCGGAAAAUCUCUGACUGGUAUCAGCAUAGUCGGAAAUUGGUCCGCGACGUCGUCAAAGGCCACCAGUUGUCGAAUUGAGUUCCUAAACGUGCCUUCUGAGCACUCACUUUGCCUGCAGGUCCUUUCGGAGAUAGCCUCCCCCGUCUUUUGGUAUGCUGCUAAAGAGAUUGAGCGCGCAUCGAAUGGUGAGUACGUGACAGGUAGAAAUGGGGAAUUCACAUGGAAUAGCUUGGGACAGUUUGCGGACGGGUCAAAUGUUCGACUAGAACUUGCUCUUCGUCCCGUCAACGGUGAGGACUACGGCAUUAAGCAGGAAAAGACAGUUGUGCUGCGAAUGGAGACCACCAUCAUCGGCGAUUGUCCCAUUGCACUUCGGCCGGACGCUGUGGAGGACAAAGAUGUGCCUGCAUGGAGUGCUGGCGCUAAGGUUGAGCUGAACGACUUCAAAGAACAGAUCGUUCAGUUAGAUCCGUCCAAAGGCAAGCUCCACGCCUCCUCUUCACGCACAUAUGGCGUGGUGGACUGGACAAGUGGCCGCCGCCUCAUCGAACCCUACGCCUGGAACUCCGAUCUAACUACUUCAGCUGGACGCAGACAGCGCUUCCUCUCACAAAACCUUUUCGUGGAUCGACUCUUCGUCUUUAGUGAUCCCGCCAAGGGGCUCAUUUCUCUCUCUGCCGAUACUACGAUCUCGAAAGUCAGUGGUGCUGUCUGCCCAGAAGGGUUUGAGAUUGUGCUGGCACGUAUGGAUGGCAGAAGACAGCUUCUUGGUUCCGCCAACUUGGACUACUGUCGAGACGUUAACGAAUGUUCGAGCCCGGCCCUGAAUACCUGUGAUCAAAUAUGCGAGAACACGUCACCAGGUUAUAGAUGCAAGUGUCACGAAGGCUACCGCCUAUCGCCAGAUGGAAGAUCGUGCCUAGACAUCGAUGAGUGCACAGAGGGUGAAAACGCCGGCGUUCUUGUGUGCCCAGCGGGGCAGCGUUGUGUCAACAAGCCGGGCGCCUUCACUUGCGUCCCAGGGUGUGGUGAGGGUUUACAGCUUUCAGCAUCUGGAGAUGCAUGCGAAGACAUUGACGAAUGCCGAUCGGGAAAGGAUGUGUGCAGCGGUCACCAGUGUAUCAACACCUACGGUGGAUACGUGUGCUCCUGCAGGUCUGGUUAUGAGCUCAUCAACAACCAUUGUCAGGAUAUUGACGAAUGCAAGAAUGGGGAAGCACGCUGUCGAAGUAAUGAGGCGUGUGUGAAUUUGCCAGGCUCACAUGAGUGCCGUCAAGUCUGUCCUCGAGGCUACCGUUUUGCUGGCGAAUUGGAUGAUGGGGCUCCAAACUGUGUUGACAUUGACGAAUGCGGCACCAACGGGAAUAUCUGUCCUGCGGAGGCUAUUUGCAUCAAUGAGCCCGGUUCAUACCGCUGUCUGUGUCCGGACGGCCAACCCCCUGUUAAACACUCCUGUUUGAACAUUGAUGAAUGCGCCCCUGGCUAUGGACCUAGUCCGUGCCAAUACGAAUGCCACAACACUUAUGGCGGAUAUCGCUGCUCCUGCCCUCCCGGCUACGAACUCAGUCCGCUGACCAACCUUUGCAAAGAUAUCAAUGAGUGCAAAACAUCGGCGAAUACUUGCAGUGAGGGCGAACUGUGCAUUAAUACUCCAGGGAGUCACAUGUGCAUAAAGCCAGAUUGCCCCAACAAUUACCAUUGGGAUGCUGGAACCCAAUCUUGCAGAAUUUUGUGCACAGAGAGUAAUUUGCCCUGUCCAAAGGGAGCUAGAUACGCUGACUCGGUGCAGUACAUCUCUGUGAGCAUCCCUAAGACCAAUGGCACCAUCGGUCGAAAUAUCAUGCUUCGUGUGGUCGACUGGAAUCAGGUGCAGCAAGGCAAUUGUCAUUACCAGUUGCUGGACAAGGCCAGUGGUACACCUGUGAUUCACAGGUCUAAGAACGGGGUCGUCUACCUCAUACCUGAUUGGACUUCACCAGCAUUCGCGAACAAUGGGUCGGAGGUCAUUCAUGCCAGUUUGGACCAGUCAACUCCUGCCCUAUACUAUCUCUUCUUCAGAGUCUCUUGUUACGAGGGCCUGCCUUGGCACGUAACCACGAAUCCCCAAGACUUUGACGUUUACCCUGUUGGUCGACAGCUCCAACAGGUCCCAUACGGUGAUGACUCAAAACUCAUUUUCCAGCAUUCGUUCUACGUCUACAUCUCUAUCUCUAAGUAUCCAUUCUAA